AUGAAAACCGCCAAAGAGAUAGAGCCUAGUGCUACCAUAAACCAGGAUGAAAUUCCUAAAUCCAAAAUUUUUCUAUUUGUUGAAAAACUAUCAACAAUCUCUAUCUCCGUUUGUUGUGGAGUAGACGUUAUGACGCCAUCAUUACAUUAUCUAACUGGAAAGUACCCAAAGGUCAUUGGCUUUAUGCUUGUGCAGUCUGCCUUGGUUUGUAUGACGCUUCUCAUAAACCUGGUUUAUCUUUUCUUAUUAUGGAGAAAUGGACUACUUAAGAAGCAGAAUAAAAGAGAGCCAAAAAGAUGUUCCAAAGUGUCAUGCUCUCAAUGUAAUGCUAGAAGGCAAUAUCCAAGAUGGUUUAAGUUGAAGCAUUUGCUACUAUCGCUAGCAACGCUGACUUUUGGAAUUUACUCACUUAUCAAGAUAGACAUCUUUUUUGAGACUGACCAAACUGUUGACUUAUACCGACUAUCGCAGCUAUUCGGCUGGCAACUCAGCGCAAUUUGUAGUUUCAUCCUUCUUACCUUUUAUGGGAACCAGUUAAGUUUACAUAAUGGACCUCUUCAAGUGAAUGACGAUGACGAUGAAAAGAAAGCAGUGCUUGGAAUGAGAGCGGAUCAACGGGUUUAG